GAACGAUGUGCUUUAAUUUAUAUCCAUCAUUACGUGCGCUGAUCGAACAUUACAAUGUUGUACAUAUUGCUGACGCUUAUUUUGCCAUUUCUUGUUUCGAUAAUAAAGGCCAACCAGGUGUACCCGACGUGCGUUAACGAAUGGUACGACCCGAAAGAGGAUUAUAAGCAGGAGAUGUUAUGCCGAGCGUACCGGUUUGAUUUCGACGGUUACAAAACAAACUCCAUGUAUCAUUUUAUGGACUGUACGUUCAUCAAAAUGGGAUGGAUGGAUAAGGACACUCGCGCGUGGAACGUGCAAAAGCUGGCCGCUGAUAUGCAAGCAGCCGGGUUUCCAGACAGAAAGGCGGAAUUCAUCGAAAUCGAAGGGUGGUGCAAAUUGGAGUUUAGGAACGAACUUGGUGCCAUUAGUUACCAUCGAUGCCUGGAGAGCAGUCGGAAAGGAAUACGUGAAUUCCAUGAAAUGAUUCGGAAAAGAGAGACCGAAUUCUUCAGCAAAAAUCAGUGUCAAGGUAUAAAAUUGUAAGUGUGCAAUUCCCAAAGGCUAAAAUAUGUCUAUAUUGGAAAUAUAGCCUAUAAACGCAUCGCAACCAA